CGUGAAUCCACAAUAACAAAUAACCUGAUAAACCCUCGUUCAAAAACCCUAAAUCCCCUAACACACACACACACCCAUCAAAUCACCCCCUGAAACCAUGAAUCCCCACACAAACACAUCUAAUUUCGACAACCUCCUGCUCCAAACCCUAAUGAACCGCCUCCAAAUCCGCCCACAAAACCCUCUUCAACCCCAAUUAUCCCCAAUCCUAAACCAAACCCUAGAAGACCUAUUAUUCGACACAAUCAACAACAUCUCAGACACCGAAGAAGACGAUGACGAAAACCCCACCAAAACCCACCUCCAAAUUGAGGAAUCAAAGCUCGAAAAAGAGGUGAUCAAGAUUAUUCUCAAAGGGGAAAGUGAGCAAACCCUGAAACCUAAUUCGGGUCAGGCGGUUAAUAUUGGGGAACACCAUAUUUGUGUCGGGUACCAUGUGGAACCCGGGUCAGAAUACCGGGUGUGGGAGUGGCAUGGGCAUGUUAUGUUGUUUGAUGAGGAGAAUGGGUAUAAUCCGGAGUAUAUUUAUGGGAAUUAUUUUGAGAGGUUGAGGGGGGAUGUUGUUGGGAAGAAGGUGAAGAAUGAGGUGAAAGAUGAUGAUGUGGAUGAGAAAGUUGUUAACUUUGGGUUGAAGGAGUUGAUUGGAGCGAGUGACGAGUCCGGCGGUUCAGGUUCCGGUUUGGGGCGGAUAGUGAGGAGGAAUGUGAAUGUCGGGUCACCGAGCGUCUAGACGACCCGUUUGUAUCAAAAAAGCCACAAGGAGUCCCUUGCUUUUAUAAUUGCUUGCUGAUCUAUGCGGAGACCAUCAGCGGGUUUGGGGUUCGAAUAAACAAUUCUCCAACGUAGGUCUUUAGUGCAAAAUCAAGAUUUUGAUACUUCCGAAAUAGACAAUAUUUUGUUCUCAUGUUCAUAAACUAGUUUUUCGGCAUUCAAUAUGCUAAACAGAAUGAUCUUUUUCACCGUUGUUGUGAAUGGAAACUUUGUUAAUUCACCCUUGUU